AUGAAGAACUACCUACAUCUGCAGAUUAAUGACCGCUAUGAGUUUCCUCUUCAACUUGAUCUUGAUAGAGACAAUGGAAAAUAUCUUUCUCCAGAUGCAGAUCGAAGUAUUAGAAACCUCUAUACGCUUCACAGUGUUCUUGUUCAUAGUGGGGGAGUACAUGGUGGUCACUACUAUGCUUUCAUUUGGCCGACACUCUCGGAUCAGUGGUACAAAUUCGAUGAUGAGCGGGUUACAAAAGAAGACACUAAAAAGGCACUUGAAGAGCAGUAUGGGGGUGAGGAAGAGUUGCCUCAAAUAAACCCUGGUUUCAAUAACACACCAUUCAAAUUCACAAAGUAUUCGAACGCCUAUAUGCUUGUCUAUAUACGUGAGAGUGACAAGGAGAAAAUAAUGUGUAAUGUCGAUGAGAAGGAUAUUGCUGAGCAUUUGCGUACUCACAUGAGGACGCAGGACGAUGACCUGCCAGAAUGCCUAAUGCGGCGGACGGAGCUCUGGCGCUUGCUCCUGUCCUCCAAUUCGUUGGCUGGAACCAUCCCGCCGUGGAUUGGGGAGCUCGCGCGGCUCCGAGUUCUGGAACUGUCCGAGAACAGGCUCACCGAUGGCGUGCCACCGGAGCUCCUCCAUUGUAGGGUCCUGGUCCGGAUGGAUCUCAGUGGCAUCUUGCUCCACGGCUGGCUGCCCUCAGGCCUCGCGGAGCUCAAGAACCUGAAAUUUCUCUCGUUGUCCGGCAACAAUUUCAGUGGUGGGAUACCUUCCGGUUUGGGCUAG